AUGGGCAUUGCAAAACGAUAUAUUAAUGAUUUACCGGCCACCAAGGCCAGUCCUGAACCCACGGAAACAAUUAUGCUUGCUGGCAAACUUAGGAGUCUGAGCGAAGCCUCAUACGAUUUCACAGGGGAGGCAACAUCGGUGCACCCAUUCGCGAAACCUUUUUCGUCUUCAGAAACUCAAAAUACUGAAGCCUGCAAAGAUCCUAUUCAGAAUUUAAGGGGGGAUGAAGAAAAGCUGUUUGAAGAACAACUGGGGCGAGUUGAUGAGACACACACAUCCAUUAAUGAAGUUCAAAGAUCAUUGAAAGAAGAAAAUACUAUCUUAACAAGUGAAGAGGACCAAAAAAGAACUGACGAAAAUGUAGAGUUCGAAAAGCACCCCCAAUCGAACUAUAAUAAAAAGAUGGAAAUUAUUGUAAUGAAUAAGGAGAAAGACGCAUUGAUAGAUGAGGAUGAAGACGAAGAAAGCGAAGAUAAAUUGAUUGAAGGAAGAAUUAUAGAGGCGAUGAAAAAACAAAAGGUUGAGGGAGGCAAUGAGUAUUUCAACAGAAUUGAAGCCAUGACAAACCAAAGUCAAGGGGAUAUUAUGGGGACUGAAAGUGAGUCCAGAAAUGACGACAAUCUCUCUGAGAAUUUUAUUGUAGAAAACGACAGAUCGAACGAAAACUUACAAAAAGAUCAGUAUGAUAAAAUUGAAUGUAAUACUACCAAUAGAGAAUCAAUCCAACUAUCUGAUGAAAUUGCUGCAGGAGUUGUAAGAAAUGUAAAAGGUGAAGACCUUUUUUCGGUCGGAGAAAAUGACAGAUCGAACGAAAACUUACAAAAAGAUCAGUAUGAUAAAAUUGAAUGUAAUACUACCAAUAGAGAAUCAAUCCAACUAUCUGAUGAAAUUGCUGCAGGAGUUGUAAGAAAUGUAAAAGGUGAAGACCUUUUUUCGGUCGGAGAUGAUGCAUGUGACAAUACAACAGGACAAGAAAUCUCGCAAAGACAGGAUUUAAUUAACGCUAGCACAGCCUCUGCAUGCACUGAUGCUUAUCAUCAAGAGGAGCAAUCUUUACUUUAUCAAAUCAAAGAUGCGUGUCACGGAGGUGACGUUGAACUCACCUCACAAGGCUCAAUGUUAGAAAACUUUCAAAGCCAAAUAUUCACUGCAGAAGAUACUUCUCGGGGCGACUUUCAAACAGUUGACGUUCUCCAUGGAAUUCAAUCUUCUACCGUCGAAGACAGACCAGCGUGA